GCCCCACGUCGUCUUGUUUAUCGCAAAAAGCACCCUCGAAGUGUAGAGAAAUUGCAUUUUCGUUGCUUUUCACCACCAUUACUGUUAAUUCAGCGACCUCUUCUCAGUCUCUGUUCUGGCGUCUCUCAGCUUCCGACCUAGAGUUGUCUCCUUGAGCAAGGGACCCGAAUUUUCUUCUCCUUCUCAGCUAACAUCAACUCCUAUUAUCUGGAAACUGAAAGGGUUGUCGCAUCACAGUUCCAAUUUCUCGGAGACCACACAUUUAGAGGGUUUGCCUAGUUGUUAAGCCCCGGAGUUAGCCCAGGAGAUGGUGUGACGCAAGCGCCAGUAAUUUGUUCUCCCAACCACCGCUGGAGUGUACCUACAAUGGUUUAUUGAUCAUUGCUAACUUGAAUUAUGGAACUUGGAGUUCAAUUUCAAAGGCUGUAUCGUGUACAAAUCCAGAGACUACUCGUUGUCAUAGGAAUAAUAGGUUUCGUUGCGGUUAUGGUUCAAUUGACAGUGUUUCCCUAUGAAAGUUAUGCAUUAGCUCUAUCACUUGCAACUAAGGGUUCAGUUUUUGUGAGGGUUGAAAGUACAACCCUUUCGAAUUGUUCACAAUCUACCUGCCUUGAUGUAGUUCAGAAAGUGAUCAAUGACGUUUCGGAAUCCGAGGACAAGAGUGCAGAUGAAACUGAAAGGGAAGGCAUGGAGAAAGACUACGAGUUUCCAUCAGACAAUGAUAAAGAGAUGGAUAAUUCUACAGAAUUAGAUGAGGAUGGACAAUCACAUAAUGACGUUGCAUUUGGUAGAAAUUUGGACCUUGAUAACAGUGUAAAUGAUAAUAGCACUACUCAGGAAAUGGGAUUAAAAUUCCAACUCGGUCCCAGGGGGCAUGUUAAGGAAUCAGGCAAACUUUCAAAAACAAGCACCUUUUCCACACCGGGGGAGGUUAACAAUCUAUCCAGUAUUGAGUCCCCCAGGCUCUUGCCAACAAGAAUUUCUACGAAUAUUAUAGAAAACUUAGAUGCGAAGUCAAGAACUCCACUGUCAUCUGUUGGUGGGAAAAUAUCUUCAGCACCGAACAAGACACAACUUGAGGAAACCCAGUCCAAGGAUACAAAUAACGAGCUCUUGCAAACUUCAGCUUCUUGGAGCAAUAAUUCAUUCGUGGCUGGUAAUUCUAUCAUCAACAAGAGGGGGAUGAAGUCAACAUCAAUAUCCCAGAUGACUAUUUUAUUGCUUCGAGGUGCUGAUGCAUCUAAAUCGAUGAAGCCACACUUGUCUUCUCCGCGUGAUCGGGAACUUCAAUUUGCAAGAUCACAAAUUGAAAAUACUCCUAUCAUAGGGAACAGUCCAGAACUAUAUGCCUCUCUGUUUCGAAAUGUCUCCAUGUUUAAGAGGAGCUAUGAGCUGAUGGAACGCAUGCUCAAAGUGUACAUCUAUAAGGAAGGGGACAAGCCAGUAUUUCAUCAGCCACAUUUAAGGGGAAUCUAUGCUUCUGAGGGAUGGUUCAUGAAAUUGAUGGAAGGAAAUAAACAAUUUGUUGCAAGGGACCCCCGAAAAGCUCACUUAUUUUAUUUACCUUUCAGUUCACUAAAGCUAAGGAGUGCUCUUCAUCAAGAAUCAUUUGCCCAUCAAAAGGACUUGGAGAAAUAUCUAACGAAUUACACAGGCAUUAUUGCUAAGAAGUAUCGGUUUUGGAACAAAGCUAGAGGAGCAGAUCAUUUUCUUGUUGCUUGUCAUGAUUGGGCACCUCGGAUAACAAGGGAGAAUAUGGGGAAUUGCAUCAGAGCUCUUUGCAAUUCCAAUGUUGCUGGAGGCUUCAGAAUAGGCAAGGAUGUAUCUCUUCCGGUGACAUAUAUCCGCACUUCGCAGGAUCCCCAAAAAGAUAUGGGAGGCAAACCCCCUUCCGAUAGACCUGUUAUGGCCUUCUUUGCCGGGGGCAUGCAUGGUUAUGUUCGUCCGAUUCUACUACAUUAUUGGGAGAAAAAAGAACCAGACAUGAAGAUAUUUGGCCCAAUGCCUCGUGAUAUUGAAGGAAAAACGAAAUAUAGGGAGUACAUGAAAAGCAGCAAGUAUUGCAUCUGUGCAAGGGGUUAUGAAGUCCAUACGCCCCGGAUUGUCGAAGCAAUAUACUAUGGGUGUGUGCCAGUGAUCAUAUCAGAUAAUUAUGUGCCACCAUUCUUUGAGGUACUAGAUUGGGAGGCGUUUUCCGUGUUUGUUUUAGAGAAAGACAUUCCAAACUUGAGGAGUAUACUUCUCUCAGUUCCAGAAGAGAAGUACCUCGCCAUGCAGCAAAGAGUGAAGAUGGUGCAACAGCAUUUUCUUUGGCACAAAAAGCCAGUGAAGUAUGACUUGUUUCAUAUGAUCCUUCACUCGGUUUGGUAUAACAGAGUUUUUCAGGUAAGGCUUUAGAUGAGGAUGCAAUAGGACUAUGGAUAUCUGAAUACCCCUACAGCGGGAGUUCAGAGCACAACACAGAAGCAUCGUUUUUUUUUCUAAACUGAAGUGCAAACACCAAUUGAGAAUAUUGCAAACCAUAAUGGAGGGAUUGAAGAUAUUGGAACCGCAGGUAUCAUAGUGAAAAGCUGGUCUUCGUUUCGCGUCCUUGUGCAUAAGCCAGUAGAAACUCAACACUGCCAAUUGACUUUCCAAUUGAAGAUAUUGGAACUGCGGAGAUCCAGUGACUGUUUCCAAUUGUUCUCUGACCCAUAUUUCCAGCUGUGCCUUGGGUUUGUCUCAGGUUAUCCGGUACAAGGUGAUCCAACAUUUUGAGAUGGUCUUCUGUUGGCUCGGAUAUUGGUGAUGCAGGCAAAAUUAUGUUCAAGAUCUGUUAUGUAAUCAUGUGAAAACAAGUAGAAACUCAACACUGCCAAUUGACUUUCGGCGGUUGCAAGAUUUGUUAUAGUGUGAUUAUGGAUCCAGAUCUGUAACUCGAUCUUUAACCCCUAAAAAGCACAUGUUGAAGUGGUAUGUUUCGGCAAAAUGAUGGUACAAAGGAUUAAAACUGAAAAAACUUGUUGAGGAGAAGGAAAUCGUUCUGGGCAAGAUUUUGGUUGCAAUAGAUUGCACAAAACACUGUUGAAGAAGCUUUGUUUUGCCUUGAUUGCUGUACACUAGUUAGAGUGGUUCUAGUAUUAAUUCGACAAGGCUUGAAGAUGUCAACUUGCACCU